AUGAUGCUAAGAAACAAUGGUAUUCUUGAGGGACCUAAUUUCACCCAAGAGCCACAGGACAUGAUAUAUUCUUUGAACGUUGAGAAUUCUGAAGUGAUAUUGAAUUGUGCAGCCAAUGGCUAUCCAGUACCAGAUUACAGGUGGAAGCAAAAUGGCACAGAUAUUGAUUUUACCGUGAGUUAUCACUACAGGUUGGUCGGAGGCAGCUUGGCCAUCAGUAAUCCCCACAAAGCUCAGGCCAUCGGCACAUACCAGUGCUUAGCCACCAAUCCAUUGGGAACCAUUGUCAGCCGCAAGGCACAGCUCCAGUUUGCAUAUAUUGAAAACUUUGAAACCAAAAUAAGAAGUACCGUGUCCGUUCUGGCAGGUCAAGGUGUGGUUCUCUUCUGUGGCCCCCCACCAUACUUUGGAGAUGUAUAUUAUGCUUGGACCUUCAAUGACCAUCACUUGCCUGUCCAAGAGGAUAGUCGAAAGUUUGUCUCUCAAGCAACAGGAAACUUAUAUAUUGCAAAAGUGGAGCCAUCAGAUGUGGGAAAUUAUACUUGCUUUGUAACUAAUAUGGAAGCCCAAAAACGUGUCCAAGGGCCACCUACUCCAUUAGUGCUGUGCAGUGAUGGUGUGAUGGGGGAGUAUGAACCAAAGAUUGAAGUACGUUUUCCUGAAACAAUGCAAGCAGCGAAAGGUUCAACUGUAAAAUUGGAAUGUUUUGCUCUUGGAAAUCCAGUACCCAGUAUUAUUUGGAGGAGGUUGGAUGGAAGUCCUUUAUCAAGGAAAAUCCAAUAUAGCAAAUCCAAAGGAAUGAUUGGAAUCCCAAACUUUCAACAGGAGGAUGAAGGAUCUUAUGAGUGCAUUGCAGGAAAUCUGCGUGGAAGCAAUGUUGCAAGAGGUCAACUGUUUUUCUAUGCACUUCCAGAAUGGGAUAAAAAAAUCCAAAAUGCAGAUCUGUCAGUAUAUGAUUCUUUAUUUUGGGAGUGUAGAGCCAGUGGAAAACCAACUCCUUCUUACACAUGGUUUAAAAAUGGUGAACCUAUUGUGCCAGAGGAAAGAAUUCAAAUAGAAAAUGGGUCACUCACGAUAACUGUGCUGAAUGUGUCAGACUCAGGUUUUUACCAAUGUGUUGCAGAAAACAAGUAUCAGACAAUUUAUGCUAACGCUGAAUUGAAAGUAAGAGCCUCAGCUCCUGAUUUCUCCAAAAGCCCCUUGCAAAAGAUUUCUGUUGUUCAAGUUGGUGGAGAUAUUACGAUUGAAUGUAAACCAAAGGCUUCUCCCAGAGCAGCAGUUUCUUGGAAAAAAGGACCAGAGAUGAUCAGACAAAGCAAAAGAUUCUUUAUUUUAGAGGAUGGCAGUCUCAAGAUAUAUAAUGUUACCAAGUCAGAUGCAGGAACAUAUACUUGCAUAGCCACAAAUCAGUUUGGCAUUGCCAAGACUUCAGGCAGCCUGGUCAUAAAAGAGAGGACCGUAAUUACUGUUCCACCACCACAAAUGGAUGUUACUGUUGGCGAGAGUAUAGUUCUACCUUGUCAGGUGUUCCAUGAUCCUUCUGUUGAGGUUGUAUUUACAUGGUCUUUCAAUGGCCAUGUUAUUGACUUCCAAAGAGGAGUGCCUCAUUUUGAAAGAAUUGGAGGAGAAUCUGUUGGGGAUUUGAUGAUAAGAGAGAUUCAGUUGAAUCACUCUGGAAAAUAUGUAUGCAUGGUAGAAACGGCUCUAGACAAUCUAUCUGCAGUGGCAGAUAUCAUUGUUAGAGGUCCUCCAGGUCCCCCAAAUAAUGUGAGAAUAGAGAACAUUUCCAGUACCACUUCUCAACUCUGCUGGAGACCAGGCGUCGAUAAUAACAGCCCUAUUCAAAUCUAUACUAUCCAGACCCGGACACCUUUUUCUGUAGGCUGGCUGGCUGUUUCCACAAUUCCAGAAAUUCUCAGUGGGAAGAUGCACACUGCAACAGUGGUGGGUUUGAAUCCAUGGGUGGACUAUGAAUUCCGUGUUGUUGCUGGCAAUAGUAUUGGAAUUGGGGAACCCAGUCAGCCAUCCGAAUUGUUAAGAACCAAAGCAGCAGUCCCUGUAGUGGCACCAACAAACAUCAGUGGAGGUGGAGGAAGUCGAUCUGAGCUCGUCAUUACAUGGGAGUCAAUCCCAGAAGAGCUGCAGAAUGGAGAAGGAUUUGGAUAUACCAUCAUGUUUCGACCAGUUGGCUCACAAACGUGGAUUAAAGCAUCAGUGGCUUCUGUGGAAGCCUCAACGUAUGUGUACAGGAAUGAAAGUCUUAUACCUCUCUCCCCUUUUGAAGUAAAAGUGGGUGUGUAUAAUAAUGAAGGUGAAGGCACAUUGAGUCCAGCAACUGUUGUCUACUCCGGAGAAGAUGAGCCUCAACUGGCCCCAACUGGAGCUUCUGUACAGAGCUAUUCAGCCUCUGAAGUGGACAUUUCUUGGAAUGCCAUUGCCUGGAACAGAAGCACAGGACGGGUGCUAGGUUAUGAGGUCUUAUAUUGGACAGAAGAUUCAAAGGAAACCAAGGCUGGUAAAAUCAGGGUCAAUGGAAAUACAACAACAAAAAGCAUCACGGGGCUAAAAGCUAAUACAGUAUACUUUGCAACAGUGAGAGCCUAUAAUACUGCAGGAACUGGGCCUUCAAGUGAUCCAGUGAAUGUCACUACUAAAAAAUCUCCUCCAAGCCAAGCACCGUCUAACAUAGCCUGGAAACUGACAAACUCAAAAUUAUGUUUGAAUUGGGAACAUGUUAAAACCAUGGAAAACGAGUCUGAUGUGUUGGGCUACAAAAUUUUAUACAGGCAAAACAGACAAAGUAAAACACAUAUUUUGGAAACAAAUAACACAUCUGCUGAGCUCCUUGUUCCCUUUGAAGAAGAUUACAUAAUUGAAAUAAGAACAGUCAGUGAUGGUGGAGAUGGUAGCAGCAGUGAAAAAAUUAGGAUCCCUAAAAUGUCAAGCUUAAGUUCUGGAGGAAUGCACAUUUCAGAACCUAGAGUCAAUUUCCUGUCAGCUGUCAUUGUGAUUUUGGAUUGUUUUACAGCUGUGUCACUUCAAUGA